AUGUUGUUCUUUCGUUGUCCAGGCCCAGAAGCGGUGGUCGGUACACAGGCCAUGAAGGCCACCGAAGGCAUUGACAUGGACCUUCUGCGCUCCCUCGCGGAGGUAGCGAUGAUGAAGGGCUUCCGCGGCGGGAAGCUGGAGGAGGCCAUCGCGGCGUUGGAGAAGUACGACAGCCAGCAGGCGCGCAUUCCGCUCAUGGGGUGA